AUGGAUCAGUUGAAGGGGGAUUUGGCUGCUACAGCCAAUUUUCUCCAGUCCAUGACUGCACUCCCGAACUACGACAGUGUUAGAGAGGUGCAAGCAAAAGCCCUUUGCCAGCGAGUGAAGAACCUUGCCUCCGUGGAUGCAAAUGGAGCCUCAGCCCUGCUGGCUGCAUGGACUGCAGGAAAGCAAUGGACUUCUCAACAAACAAAGGAGUUCAGUGAUCUCUUGGCUGGAGCAGUAGCUAGAACCAACACCGGGACAGGUCAGGGUGGCAAGAGAGCUACUCAGAAAGUUGAUGCUUUCGAACCUUACCUGUCCGUCAAAGAUAUCCAGGCUUUGGAAGCUGGUGACAACAUCCACGUGAAGUUGGAUGUCUUGGCAUGCCGGUGCAUCAAGCUGAGGCUCACCUGCCCAUCUGAGGCUUGCUGCAAAGCGAUCUUGGCAGCUGGCUUGGCCAGGGCAGGCGGUGAUGUGGGGGCGGUUGACAGCUAUGCCAACAAGCAGCUGUUCAAGAAAAUGCUGAAAAGCAAAGCCAAAGGCUUGCCCAAGAAUGGCUUUCACCUCGAGCAUUAUCCAGCAUCGCCAGACAAUCUGCCCCCUGAGCUCGCCGAUGCAUACUCUCAAGAGGAUCCUGCAUGCACUGUGCAGAUGCAAUCUCCCGACAGGGUGCAGGCAGCAUCAUCUGCAAUCGUGUUGAGAGGGAGCUCGAAGAAGCUUCGUGGUGGAAACAUGAUGGGUGCCGGUGGCAUGCAGAGCUGGCCUGCAGUGUGUGCAAGUGGCAACAACAACCCCAUGAACAUGCAAUUCAACAUGGGCCUGCAAGGCAUGCAGCCCGGGAUGACGAUGAUGGGUAUGAUGAACACCAUGAACAACAUGAUGCAGAGGCUCAUGCAGGACCAGAAUAAGCAGCAGCAGGACCCGAUCCCGAACAUGCAGUACUUCGCACCCGGUGGAGGUCAAGCGGGGGCAACCACCAUGGGCCAGGGGCCUGCAGCAGGAACCCAGGCACCUGCAGCAGCAACCCAGCAGGCACCCGCAGGGGCAUCUGCAUCGGUCCAGCAAACAGCACUUGUGGCGGCAACGAAUGCAUCAGCUGGUGUCUCGCCGGCAGUGCAGUUGGAGAUGAGUGAUCCUGAAAACGACGAGGCCGACGAGGCAGAAGUGUUGAGGCAGGCUGGGCUCGUUGCAGAUGCAGUCAACAAGAAGAAGGGGAUUCUUAAGAAGCCUGCAGGCUUGCCCAAGGCAAAGGCAAAGGCCAAAGCCCAUGCCAAAGCAAAGGCAGCCAGUAAGGCCAGUGCCAAGGCCAGUGCCAAGGCCAGUGCAAAGGCCGUUGCAAAGGCCAGUGCAAAGGCCAGUGCAAAGGCCAAAGCCGCCCCGGCCGGUAGCAGAGAAUACUAUGCCAAUCUUUCCAUGAAGAAAAGGGCAGUACUGAAGGAAGUGGCUGCAUGCCCUGAAGUCCUUGACUCAGCCUCCCGGCGAGGCAUCAAAAGGGCACGGGAUUCCGAGCUGGAGGCAGAGACUCCUCAUGGCCCUUUGGUGGCCAAGAUUACAGUACCUGUGGAGGUGAAGAGCCGAAAGGCAGCUGGAGACGAGGAGGUGAAGAUCGUGCCGACAGAGCUGCCGAUCCUCAACCUGAUGGCAUGGAUAUGGCAUGUUUGCCAGUCCAUGCCUGGUGUAGCUGCCUUUUUCCAAAGGCAGCUAUCGAAGUACCCGUGCACAGCAACCAGCCCAUGGCGCAUGGCUUUAUACAAUGAUGAGAUUAGUCCUGGCAACCAACUAAAAGCCAGCAACACCAGGAAGAUCCAAGGGUACUACCUCAGUUUUCUCGAGUUUGACGCCGAAGGCCGAUGCCAAGAAAACCUUUGGUUCCCUUUGAACUUGACUCGGUCUUCGGUGGUCAACAAGAUCCAGGGCGGGCUGUCUGCACUCACCCACAUUCUGGUCUCCUCGGAAUCGUUCCUGAACCUCCAGUCGGGCUGUUUGCUGAACAUGCCAACUGGGGAACGGGUCAUGUUCUUCGCGAAACUGCAUACUGUAGUUGCAGACGAGGCAGCUUUGAAAUCUAUGUACGACUUCAAGGGCUCCAGUGGGACUUUGGUUUGCCCGCUAUGUGCCAACAUAACAAGCAAGACCCACGGUGAUCUGCCAGCAAAUGACCACUCGGGAGAAUUGCAUGACAUAUCAUGCAUCGACAGCAAUCUGUUUGUCCGCAGAACCGACAAUCAGAUCUUCACUGCACAGGCACUGCUGGCGAGAAGGCAACCCAUCCUGAGCAAGAAGGAUUUUUCCUUGCUCGAGUCCAGCAUGGGCUUGAACUUCAACCCAUGUGGAGUGCUUGCUCACAAAAGCAUGCCGCUUGUGAAAUGCUUGAUGUGGGAUUGGAUGCAUUGUUAUGUGGUAAGCGGCCUCCUGCACGUGGAAUUGAGCUUACUCUUGCCACUCUUGCAUGUGCAGGGUGCAACAUUUCAGGUGAUCCAGAGCUUUAUCUCAGAGUACGAAUGGCCUCACAACCUGAAGAACCGGAGAAGAGAAAUCUUGCAUUUGUUCGACAAAAGGAGCAAACCUUCUGAGUUCAAGGCCGGUGCUUCGCAGUGCAUCACUGUCUAUCCCUUGCUGCGGCUUUUCUUGCUGACUCAUCACUUUGACACAAUGGACGACGAACUUCGGCGAUGCAUCAGAUCCUUUAUGAAGAUUUGUAUGGUUCUCGACCUCCUGCUUGAAUGCAAUCGGACUGGGAACCUGUCGCCGGACGAGCUCGAGAAUGCGAUUCGGGCCCAUAGCCAAGCUUUCCUUAAAGCAUAUGGAGAGCAGCACUGUAUACCGAAGUUCCACUAUAGCCUCCAUCUUCCCCUGAUGGCUCGAGACAGGCCUCUGAUUUCCUGUUUUACACACGAACGAAAGCAUCGGCAAGUGAAGCAGUUUGCUGACAACACGAAGAAAGUGACCGACUGGUUCGAAGCUUCACUCUUUAAAGAUGUUUUGGGCAGGGCUCUUCUGGAUCUGUCUGAGCAUGCUGGCUUCAUGCGGCCCCAUUUGAAGUCCCCCAAGUCUGUCACUGAUGGCACUUUGCUGUGGCACCUGGGGCAGACAUUCGGGUUUCAGACUCUUGAGCAUGUGCAGUCGGCCAUGCAGGCCGAGGUCUGCCCAGGACAGACUUGCGAGAGGGGUGACCUGGUGCUGCUUAAGACGGGGUCCGUUGCAGAGGUGUGGUUGUUUUGCCGGUUGCAGCAUGGCGAGCUCCUGGCUCUGUUGAGUGUGCUUGAGCCACAAGGGAAGAAUCUCUUCCGGGUCAAGCAGGACGGAGCCCAGUUCAUGCGAGUGGCCGAGAUCAGUCGAACCUGCCUCUUCAAACGCAUGAGUGCAGACAGCAUGCUGGUCGUGCCAUAA